AUGGAGCUAAUUGCUAGAACCCUUAAGCUCCCAUGCAACUAUUCAAAAUUUGGCUGUGCAGUAGCCCUUCAACACAAUGAGAGGGGGGAACAUGAAGAAACAUGUGAAUUCCGGCCAUACACCUGUCCGAUCCUGGGGCCUUUUUGCACGUGGGAAGGUUCCCUGGAGGAAGUGGCGCCUCACCUCAUGACGUCUCAUUGCUUAAUCCCAACUGAUGAAGACAAGGAUAUUAAUUUAUCAAUUGGAGACAUCAAUGAGCCAGGACCAGUUCCCUCGCUCCAUAUGCUGUCCCGUUUUGGCCAUAAUUUUCUUGUGGGACUUUAUAAACCAAACGCGGUUUUUAGAACUGAACAAUCUUUUGUUACAAUACAACUGAUUGGGUCAAGGAAAGAGGCCAAAAACUUUUCAUACAGGUUAAAACUGAAUGGCCAAGGAAGUUGUGUGACAUGGGAAUCAACAAUAAGAUCCAUCCAUGAACGAGACUUCUCAGCAAUCAGGGAACGUGACUGUCUGGUACUGAAUCCCUGCACUGUCAAAGACUUUGCAGAUAAUGGCAAGCUGAGCUUCGAUGUGUCAAUUUCUAUGGUCUGA